UCUUUGCAUAAACAUUUCAAAUUUCUAUCGAGUGCGUUUUGUUUGCUUUUUCAAGUAACCAAUUCUGUAUCAGUAUUCGAAUUUUAUAUAUUAUUGCAUUCUCAUUUAAAAUCCAAGUAAAAAGUUAAUCUUAAAUCUAUAUCAAAAUUCAAAAAACGAUCAACGAAUUACUGUUGUAAAAUUCAAAAAUGAUCCGAGGUAUAUUUCAGUCAUCGCUGUACAGGCGAAGUUCAAAUGUUUUUAAUAACAUUCGGCUCUACUCAAGCAACAUUUCGGAUAAACCACCAAAACAAAAUCAUGCUGAUGUACCUAUUAUCGAUUUUGAAGACCACCCCGACCAUUUACCUAUUCCUGAGUAUCCAGUUAAAUUAAAUGAACCACUAGAACAACAAAAGCAGAGACUUCUUUAUCAAUCCCGUAAACGAGGUAUGCUGGAAAAUGACUUACUUCUGAGUACCUUUGCUUCCAAGUAUCUCAAGAAUAUGACAAAGGAACAAACUAAAUUGUAUGACAAUCUCAUAAAUGGAGUAUCAAAUGAUUGGGAUAUCUACUACUGGGCAACAAAUACUAAACCCACUCCAGCCGAAUAUGACAAUGAAAUCAUGGAAAAGCUUAAGAUUCAUGUUAUGAAUGAGCAUAAGGAGAAAAGGUUGCGUCAACCUAAUUUAUAAACUAUUUAACUUAAUAUGUACCUUUAUUAAACAAAAAAUAAAAUCUCCAACAUAAUCA